ACACCACACCCACGUAGCAGGAAGCGCAAGCAGCAGCCAUAGCUAACACUUGUCGAGCAAAGCAAGAGCGAGCGCAGUUGUGGUAGUGGACAAUGAGGGCGGCAGUGUUGGCACUCGUGGCCUUCGUGCUCGCCGCCGGCAUGGCGCUGGCGGAGGGCGCCGGCGAGUGCGGGAGGGCCUCCGCCGACAGGGUUGCGCUGCGGCUGGCGCCGUGCGUCUCCGCGGCGGACGACCCGCAGUCGGCGCCGUCGAGCAGCUGCUGCUCGGCCGUGCACACCAUUGGGCAGAGCCCCAGCUGCCUGUGCGCCGUCAUGCUGUCCAGCACGGCCAGGGCAGCCGGGAUCAAGCCGGAGGUCGCCAUCACCAUCCCCAAGCGCUGCAACAUGGCCGACCGCCCCGUAGGCUACAAGUGCGGAGAUUACACGCUUCCUUGAGGCUCUGCCACUGGUCGAUCAAGACGGAUGCCGUGGGAGGUAGGCCAUGUGUCUGAAUAAGCUAGUCCUGCAUGUAUACGUGAGGCUCUCUGCCACUUGUGUGGACUAUGCACUUGGCGGUUGUGCAAAUAUGUACUACUACUAGUUUGUGUUUCGUCUGAUCCAGCUACAGUAAACUGAUAAAUAAGAAUAUAUCAAAGCUCGAUUGAAAAAACUGGGACGUACGUUUGCUCCCAACCCUCUUGACGUGCUAUUGAAAUAAUUGGUCA